UAUGUUGUUUUGACCAACUUUAAAUUUGAGUUGGGAUCCACGACAUGCUUCGACACUUGUAUUUUGACAGGAUUGCUGCGAAGCCUUUGAUUUCGACAUUGGUAUCGAGACUCUGUUUGCUUCCCGUUGGUUAAAUCAUUUAUAGAUUAUUUUUGACAAAAAAAAAAUAGAUAAAUUUAAAAUUAUUAAGACAUUUAUUCGUAAUUAUAAAAAUGAAUAUGUUUGGACCCAACAAAAUGUUUCUCACAAAGAAUGUCGGAGUGUGUCUUCAAAUUUUAACCCUUUAAAUUUUGGAUAUAAUCAAGACUAAUUUUGUUUUAAAUUAAUAGAAGAGAGAUUCAAUACAAAAUCUCGAAGGCAUUGGCAAAUGUCUUGUAUAAAAUCAUAUAUAAAAUCAUAACCCUCAUUUUUAAUUUUAUGUUAAUUAUAUGAAAUCAUAACCGGGGCUAAAUUCCAAGUGGGAUUUAAGGACGUGUUAUUUAGGUCUUUUCAAUUGGUGGGUAAAGAUUAUGUUCAAUAGGAAAAGGUUUAUGAAGUUGCCCAUAUCUUACUUCUAGGUGUUGUUUUGGCAUUGCUCCGCUUAAAAGUAUCAUCGUUUGGUAGAAAAGUUUAAGACUACCUACAUUUUACAUCCUUAAAAUUUGAGGUGAUUUAAAUCGUUCAUGAGGUUUUAAUUUUUUCAAAUUGCUUCUUAAGGUAUUGAAAUUGUAUCAAUUUUAUCCUUUCUAUAUUUGAACGUCUAAUAAUUCAUUAAAAUGAUGAGUUUUUAGACUACAAAUGUGGCUUCCAUACGACAACUCAAUUACAGAUUUUACUCUCACUACGUCAUCAAUUUAACGAAGAAAACAUAACUUUAACACAACCUGUCUCUCCGAGUUUGUUCCCCUACGCUCUCCUCUCUCCAUCUGACCUACAAUCCACCACAGAGGCUAAUGAUAUAAAGUUUCCGAUGGCUUCUGCACCAACCGGCGGGGUCGUACCAAUUUGUAAUAGUAACUUGCAUCAAUACUUGUAAACUUUAAGUUAAUUUAAGGUACUUGAAUUGAAGAGGAAUCCAUUGAAAAAUAAUCCUCAUUAAUCAAAAAGUUUUCAGGUCACAUCGCUAUGGUAUUACUAAUUCACUUGUAAAAUAAGUAUUUGAUCAAGAAAGUUUUUAGUAUGACUACUGAAACGAGUGGUUUUUUUUUUUAGAAUAUAAGAAAUGAUCCAAUGCAUGCGCCUGGGUCUCGCAACCCCAUCUGCCUAUUGUCUUCUUCUAUGAGUUUCACUUAUUUUCUAUCAUCUCUUUUUUUGGAAACCAUCACACCACCGCAUAAUAUUACUAAUCCACAUGUUAUAAAUGAGUGGAAGAUGAAUAUUAAUAAUUAUAUCCACAUAAUUUAGCAUGAGACAACUAGCUAAACACCUCUAUAAUCUGCCAAAGCAGUCGGCAAUGUUUUCACACCAACUUCCCCACGGCAUUAUUUUCUUAUAAAAAGAUGACUGAAACCUCCCCAUUUUGUCACUCAUCACAAACAGAACCAACGAAAAGAGUAAACAUGGCCGCUUCUGUCUAUUUCAUUAACAUUAGUCAUGUUAGCUUCACUUUGUCUCUUUUGAAUCUUUGCAGAUUAAUCAGACAAUUCAUUGCCGUUUGCUUGUGCAAUAAGACUCGUGAGUUUUCUAUCCACAUUUCUUGAUCAUGAUCUCCAUCUUUUCUAAAUUAAACAAAGAAAGUAUUUCCUUUCGUUCUCUCAAUUCUAUAUAAAGUAGAAAACUACGCUCUUUAAACUUGGACUCCAAAAACCAAGCUAGGAUCAAUAAAGUUGUCACUUAAACUUUUCACUAAUCAAAAAGAUUUACUUCAAGAUGCCUGGGUUGGAUCAUGAGCUGGAGGAAGAAAUGAAAAAAUUCGACGAAACAAAAGCUGGUGUGAAAGGCCUUGUAGAUUCGGGGGUGACCAAGCUCCCAAGAAUGUUCAAACACCCUCCAGAGGAUCUACCGUCCCCUAACCAUAACAAUGGCAUUAGCAACCGCCAAGUUCCUGUCAUUGAUCUCGAAGAUGUCGAGGACAGCGAAAUGCGGAGCAAAAUCAUCAAUGACCUCAGAAAGGCAGCUGAGGAAUGGGGUUUCUUUCAGAUUGUGAACCAUUCAGUUCCACUUGGUGUGAUGGAUGAUGUGCUGAAGGGCAUUCGACGAUUUCAUGAGCAGCCCCAGGAAGCCAAGGAGGUGUGGUAUUCACGCGAUUUCACGAAGAAGGUCAACUUCGUUAGCAAUGCAGAAUUCAAGGUGUCUCUUCCAGCUUGUUGGAGAGACACAUUAUCUUGCAAGGUCCUAGAAGAUGAGCAUAACUUCGAGGCAAUCCCUGAAAUCUGCAGGGCGGAAAUAAAAGAGUAUAUGAAUACCUUGUUCAAGUGAAGGAUAAGCUUUCCAAAUUAAUUUCGGAAUCUUUAGGUCUAAGCAGCGAUUACCUUGACAACCUAAGGUGCUUCGAAUCGAGGUCAUUGGCAUGCCACUAUUAUCCAGUUUGCCCAGAGCCCCAUUUGACUCUCGGCGGACACAAGCAUUCUGACCUCGGCUUCAUCACCUUGCUCUUACGAGCUAGUGAAGGCCUACAGGUACUUCAUCAAAAUGUUUGGAUUGACAUUCACCCAGUGGAGGGAGCUUUGCUUGCCAAUGUAUCUGAUAUGCUGCAGAUCAUUACUAAUGGCAAGUUCAAGAGUGCAGAGCACAGAGUAAUAAUUCCACCGACCCUCGAUGCCCUUACAUCAAUUGCAUGUUUCAUUGGCACAGACGACCUCCAAAAACCAUACGGGCCGUUAAAGGAGCUUAUAUCCGAAAACAAUCCACCAAUUUACAAAGAAGUCGUUUUUGGAGAGUACGUGAAACGUUACAAACUAUAGGUUCGAAGGGAUAAGGAUGGUAACUUUGUGCUUCCUCACUUCAGAGUUUCUCUGAGACUAUGCUAGUUAUGUCACGAACCUUGGAAGUGUUAUGGUUAUGUUGCUAUGUUUCUUUUCACUUUUCGGUUCUUGUAGUAAUAUUGUAAUUUUCCUUUUUUUCUGAAGUUCGGUACGGAUGAUCUUCUGAUCAUUUCCUCUCUCCAUUGUAUUAGAGGACAAUACAACUAAGAACGUGUACUUCUACAUCCGAAAUUUCGAGUAUGAAUAUAUUGUUGAAUCAGGAUCAAGACACUACAAAAAAG